AACAUUUUUUUGCUGUCGUUAUUCGAUGGAACGUUUGCUUUGUUUCGUUGGCUGCCUCACGUGGGGUGGCGGGUGGUGUUGCGCGCGGUUGAUUUGCCGGAGUUCAAACAGAGGUCAUUCGACUGUGUUUACAAUUCACUUUCAGUAGUGUAUUUCGAGCGUGCUGGAGUAAUUUCAUCCCGACUAAGUUGAACCAUGGAGUUAAUCGGUAACGUGAAGAAUUAUGACUGGGGUAAGCUGGAUGUGGACUCGUACGUGGCCAAGUUAGCAUCGGCCAAUGAUGGAAAAUUUACACCGGAGGAAGGAAAGCCUUAUGCCGAACUCUGGAUGGGCGAUCACUGCAGUGGGCCAUCGCUGGUCAAGGAAAGUGGCGAAGAACUGGGCCAAUUUGUUCAAAAGGAUUUGCUGGGGAACCUCGGACCGGGAGCGAGCAAACUGUCCUAUCUGUUCAAGGUGCUGAGCAUUCGAAAGGCAUUAAGUAUUCAAGUGCACCCUAAUAAGGAAGAGGCCCAGAAAUUGCAUACCCAAUUUCCGGAUGUAUACAAAGAUCCAAAUCACAAACCGGAACUGGCCAUCGCUUUGACAGAUUUUCAGGCCAUGUGUGGUUUUCGUCCAUAUACUGAGAUUUACAAACUUCUUUCGGAUUGGUCGGAAAUCGGAGAUUUACUCGGAAAAGACGCAAUCGAGAAUCUUACAUCGGGCGGGGAAUCCGCCCUGAAGAAUCUUUACGCCUCAUUGAUGCACAGCAAACCAGAGCAACUUGAAAAAUGCAUUUCCAGCAUGGUGAACAAAAUGAAAUCCAAGAUCGUUCGUUCCGAUUUGGACAAUUUGUUCUUGCAAUUGCACAAAGACUUCCCCAACGAUGUGGGCCUUUUGUCGAUCUACUUCCUGAACGUCCUGAACCUGAAGCCCGGUCAAGCGAUCUACCUGGCCGCCAAUGUUCCCCACGCGUACAUCUCCGGCGAUUGCAUCGAAUGUAUGGCCUGUUCGGACAACGUGGUCCGAGCCGGACUGACUCCGAAAUUCAAAGAUGUGGACACCCUGCUGCGGCUGGUCAGCUACGAGGGCGCCCCGGCAGAGGAAAAGCUCUACCAACCGGUCCAGCUGGACCAGGACAGUCAACCACACACGAGAACGUUCAUUCCAACGGUGCCGGACUUUGCCGUGGCGGAGAUCAAGGUUCCCAAGGGGAUUAAUCGGUACACGGUGACAAACAGAGCGAAUGGAUGCAUUAUGCUGGUGUGCUCCGGAAAGGCCCGAUUGCGAUCGGAAACCAUCGGUGAGGUGCCGCUGGAGUUUGGGAAGAUUGUGUUUGUGCCGGCGAAAGCAGGAGGCAGUCUGGAACUGCAAAUCGUUGAUAGUGAAAGUGAAUUCGUUGCUUAUCAAGCCAUGAGUAAUGAUUUCUAGACAUGUUAUGUUUCAAUUGUGUUGUUAUGGAAGCUUAGUGGUUACGCGAUUUGGCUUUAUUAAUCAGAAGUGUUGUAGAACCGCGAGCUAAUGCUUUAUUCCAACAAAAUUUCCUGUAGAUUAUCGAAAAUAAUUUAAUUAUCAGAAGUAUUUCAUUCGAAUAUUAAUUGUAUAGUUUUACUUUAUAACAGUAUAUUCUAAAAUAAAGAAUUAUUCAUAUCUAUAAACAUGUA